AGUGAUAUAUUUUGCAAUGAGGAGCUGCAACAGAAAUUUCCCGGAUUAGAUCGUAAACAACCAUGGAUCGGCAGAGAACAUCCCUUUAGUUGACAGAUUCUAAAAAUCACUACCCACGGUGACACUCACGAUUAUAGCAUCACGUGCAUUUUACAACAUCGCGUUCAGAAUGGAAGGGAUUGAGUUGUAUGACCGUUGAUGACCGUGGUGAUUGUCACCCACGUAUCUGCUGUCUACCGCGGGACAUUAUACUGCAUGUCAGGGUGUUGAAGAGGAGAGGAAUAAGCUCCUUGGUGAGCUGGUCAAGGGUUUUCGAGGAUCAGGGAGAGCCCCAAACAACCCCAACAAGAAGACCAGAAUUCAAAGAGAUGAAAUAAUAGACCUUAUCCACUCACUGAUGAUACAACCGUCUAAUCAUAUUUUCCAAACUGCAGCAACAACAACAACAACAAACUGCCAGAAUCCAAUACUAGUAAGUGGCAACCCUAAGGCAGCCAGCCACGUCCCUGCCACUGUUUGGGAACCACUGAGUUGGAGGAGAACAACAACGUGAAGGAGAGGAUGGGUAACAAGAGCAGCAGCCCCUCCAGAGACCCAGACACUGAUACUACUCAGGGAGAGGAGAGAACCAACACUGGAACUGCCUCAGGAAGAGGUCACCCAGGCCCCAGCCCUGACCUGCUUGCCUCACUACAGUCAUUGGGAGAACACAAUGACCACACACUGCUGCCACAGUCUCUACACCAGAUAGCAGAGGCCUACUCCCUGGAUGAGGACUACCAGUGGGCUGUGCAGUUCCUGCAGCUGGAGAAACUGUACCAUGAGCGCCUCCUGUCCAAUCUUGCUGCCCUGCAGGAGGACUGGGAGAGCCAGUGGAGAGAGCGUAACAGAGUAGCAGUGAGCACCUCCCCAGCUGAGACCAACAGCACUGGACAGGAACACAUAGAAAUGCUGAGCCAGAUCUGCAGGACGCACCAGAGACCAAUGCUUAGUGCGAAAAUGAGCAUGGCAGACACGGUGCUGAAAGACAGCCACAACACCAGGGGGCAGUGUGAUGGGAGAGAGAAAGAAAGGUCACCAUCCCAUCAUGGAAAAGUCAGAGUCAACAACCCUGUAAGACAGAGUGAGGAGGAUGUUAAGGAGACCACGUCAACAGGAGCUGUCCCUGACAUGGCUGAGGAGGAGGGAGGAGAGGAGGGAGAGCGAGGAAAGGAAGAGUUGGAGGAGGAAGGGCAGGGGGUGGAUGAAGAGGAGGUGUUUGAGGAGAGUCCAGAAGAGGAGGUGCAGGUGGUGGAGUGGCCAGUGGGGGUUCCCCAAGCUUCAGCCGAAGACCUGGACAAACUGUCUCAAGUGGAGGAGAGCUCCUCAGCAGAUGGCCUGGUGUCCAUUCUAAAGAGGAGGAGGGCAUCUUUAGAUGGCCUGCCCCCCGAGGGUCCCGAUGCAGCCAAACGCAACUCCAAACGAAAGGUGCACUUCAGCCAGCCAGAGGACGGCAUGGAACCAGACGAGGUGGGCGGAGACUCGUGUUUGAUCCUGCUGUUGUUGUGCCUGGUAACCGUGGUGAUCAGUCUGGGCGGGACGGCUCUGUACUGCACUCUAGCGGACACAUACAGUAGCAUCUGCAUUGAUUUCUCUCACAACAUAGACUUUUACGUUGUGCACGUACAACGCUUCCUGGAUAGGUUAAGCCACUGGAUGCCCAUACGAUCAUAGUCAGGACUACUACUGCAGUCAGGACAUACAGUCACUUACUGCUGCAGUCAGGAUAUACAGUCACUUACCUCUGCAGUCAGGACAUACAGUCAGGACUACCACUGCAGUCAGGACAUACAGUCACUUACCUCUGCAGUCAGGACAUACAGUCAGGACUACCACUGCAGUCAGGACAUACAGU